AUGUCCUCUGGAGCUCGUGCCAGGCUGGAGGUGCCCAUAUUCGGCCCUGAUGACGGCCCAUUAGCAGUGUCGCUCGGAGCCAGUCGCCUUGAGCUCAACCGAGCCGGAUCCUACGCCCUCGGCGGAACAACCCCCACCCUCGACGAACUCACCACCCUCCUCGCCUCCCUCACCCCCAACCAAACCCAAACCCAAACCCAAACCUCAACCACAACCCCCCCUCCCCCCCACCGCAUCCCAAUCCGCAUCAUGAUCCGCCCCCGCGGCCCCCCUCCCCCUCUUCAACCCACCACCACCACCACCACCAUCACCCCCUCCCGCCCCCAAGAACGACAACAAGACUUCCUCUACACCCCCGCCGAACUCACCGACAUGCUCCUCUCCAUCCACCAAUUCGGCACCUCGGGCCUCUUGUCCCCCGCGCUCGGCGACGGGUUUGUGCUGGGCGUGCUACGUCGCUGCCGUAGUGAUGGUGAUGGUGAUGGUGAUGGUGGUGGUGGCGGUGGUGGUGGCGGUGGCGGUGGCGGUGGUGGUGGUGGUGGUAGGGAGGUCGUGCUGGAUGGGGAGCGGAACCGGGAGUUGGUGAGGCUGGCGGGUGGGUUUGGGUUCCGGUGUGUGUUGCAUCGGGCGGUAGAUGAUGUUUUUUCUGCUGGUGCUACUGCUGCUGGGGUGGAGGGGGUGGUGGGGGAGGUGAAGGGGGUUGGGUUUGAUGGGGUGUUGACUUCGGGGGGGCGGGGGGAUGCGGUGGGGAAUGUUGGGCGGUUGGGGGAGGUGGUGAGGGUUGCUGGGCGGGAAGGGGUGGAGGUGGUUGUUGGGGGAGGGGCUAGGAAGGGGAAUUUGGUGGGGUUGGUUGAGGGUUUGGGAGGGGAAGGGAGAGGUGGAUUGGGAGAUGGGGUGUGGUUUCAUUCUUCUUGUUUACGGGAUGGGAACUUUGAUGUCGAGGAGGCGAGGGGGCUCGCGGAGGGCUUGAGGGAGCUGGGAGUGGUGUUGUCGGAUUAG